GUUUAACACCACCGAAGUACCAUCCCAAGGACCUUCCCUAGCAAAGCUAUGACAAUCUAGCGGGCUUAGACAAAACUGAAGGAACAACUCACACCGAACAAGACAGCGGGUGAAACACUUAUCAACAGCAGGAACGAUUUGUUAUCGGUUUCCAACUGCGCGGUCAGUUUACUUCAGUGUCUUACAAACACCAAUCACCUUGAAGUAUGGCCCAUUCAUUGUGUACGCUUUUCCUUCUAUGCAUCACCAUCACUAUCAGUGCAAUUAUGUGUCUUCCUGGAGGGAAAGCUGUAGCACCAGUGAUCAAAGCCGACGAUGAUCCGAGACAUUCCAAGGGCCUCGAAGGCUGUAGCUUUGGUGGCAACUUCUACGAGUUUCAUGAAACCUGGAAUCCAGAUUUGGGCGACCCCAUCGGAGUCAUGUUGUGUGUUCGUUGUACAUGUGAACGGGUUGUUAAACGUGGUGAGCUAAUGGGACAAGUAUCCUGUCGUAAUAUAAAAAAUGAAUGCCCAAAGGAGCUGCCAUGUGACGAACCCAUACUCCCCGAAGGCGAGUGCUGUAAACGAUGCCCAGAUACCAAGAUUGUACCAGAUAAUUUGGCGAAAGAAUACUCCGAAGUUCAUGGCGAUCACGAAUCUUUUGAAGGACGAAACAUAGGCGAAGAAUUUCUCUCUGUGAUGACUGGUUCUGAAAUGCAACCCAGAGUGACAACAGAUGGCGCUGCGCGGGGCCAUUUUCUAUUCGUUAACGGAGAUUUGCAUUUUUCCAUCUAUUUCAAGGGGUUGAAGAAACCAAGGCAAGUGUAUUUUUCUGAUGUUUUGAACAACACGUUAUACGAACACGAUGUCCAUGAAACCGUUGGGAAAUCCAACAUGAUAUGUGGGCAGUGGAGGAAUCUACCGAACACACAUCUCCGUUACCUUGACAGUGGAAUGGUAUUCGUUACUGUAACCACCCGUUCUUAUCGUGAUGGCGAGGUCAGAGGUCGUAUCGUCACCCACCGUGCGACGUCCACGGAAACGUUCAGCUCGCUGUUGCUGCCCGAGACAGAAGGGGACCGACAGAGGAAAGGCGGCGGCGGUAUAGUAAUGAUGACUGUUAACGAGGACUCUAAUAAAAUAAACUUUGUGGGAGUUCUACAGGGCAUGAUCGAGGAUACCGAUGACAGCUUGGAGAUUAGCGUUCAGUUCGUGAGGCGUGGGAAAUUACUGAAUGAAGUGACGACAUCAAUCCGACCGAUGGACGCAGUGUUCGCUGACGUUUGGUCACGUGUAUCCAAGAACCAACAAAGAUGGUUGGCCAGAGGUCAGGUGAAUGUGCUUGUCAGACUGAAUUUACCAUCGGGGAGAACAAACGCACAAGGCGACAUUACACCGCUCCGAACAUGUAAUGAGAUGCAUUCUGUAAUGUCUGGCAGUAGCGCAUUGGACGGUCCCACUUACACUGGGGCGACUGGGUCUGCAAUGAUAACUCUCACAGACGAUGGUGUAAUUGAGUACACUAUACGACUUAUUGGUGUGGAAACUGCUGUUAUUGGGUUGACCCUUGAAGUGCCCCACCCCAAGAAAUCACAUAAACGUAAAAUACUAGACGACAUUAUUCGUUUCUACAAAAAUGGAUGGGCAUACGGUAAAUAUGACAAGCCAUCAGCAGGCGAUAUUCAUAAUCUUCUGAUGAAUAAGAUUUCAAUAAAUGUCGCCACUGUAGAACAUCCUACGUCAGAGAUCAGAGGUCAAAUCAAACACUUAUUGUACAAUGGACACUUUGCAAGACAUCAAGGUAUGCCAAUCCCGCUGGCGGGAGUCAAUUUUGUUCCACCCGUUCAAACAAGCAUUGCUGGACAUGCUUGGAUCUCUCUCGACAGAGACUGUGCACUUCAUUAUGAAAUAAUCACAGAAGGAUUGCAGAUGGCAAAAGGCAAGGAAAAGCACUCGAAACUGAAUGGCUUGGCCGAGCUGAUAAUUAUUGACGAAGCUUUUGGGAAUCAGAAAAUUGUUCUUAAUACGUUCGACGAUGAUUUGGCAAUAGGUAGAUUGGCAGACCUCGAUGAGGACGUGUUACAAUACCUAAAUGAAGGAAAUGUGUUUAUUCAAAUCAGCACAAAAGCACACCCGGAUGGAGAAAUAAAAGGACAAGUCACCCUACCAAAUAGUUGCGGACGCCAAGAUGCUCCAAAUCUAAUGGAACACACCAACAAUAAUAACAUGCCCAGUAUUGGGUUUAACGUUGAGGCCGACCCAAGAUCCUGUUAUUUCGAAUCUGAGUACCAUGUCGACGGAUCUAGUUGGUCACCGAAAUUUGACAAGAAAUGUUCGACUUGUACUUGCACGAGACUGGCAGUGAUAUGCGAUCCUGUCGUUUGUCCCACACUGAACUGCUCUUCACCAGUCGAGCUACCCGAGGAAUGCUGUCCAGUUUGUCCCUCAAAAGAAACUGAAGGCAAAGAAAUAACUGAAGAAGAGAAUAAACUCAAUUCACACGACGAAGGUUGCUUUUUCGAAGGAGACAAAAAGUUCCAUGCAAUGGGGUCAACGUGGCAUCCUUACGUACCUCCCUUCGGCUAUAUGAAGUGCGCCCUCUGUAAAUGUAUGCCCGGAAACCAAGUGAACUGCUCGAAGAUAAGAUGUCCAGAGUUGCAUUGCGACGCACCAGUGAGACUGAACCCCAUGGACUGCUGCCAGACAUGCCCAGAACAAAUUACAACUACUCCGAGAACGAUACCAUCAUACGAGUUCAUGGCAGACGACAGCAACUCGGCCUGUUACGUUGGUAAGAGAAGAUAUGAAGCAGACGAAGAGUGGGUGCCGGAGAUUAAUGGGGCAUCUUCUUCUACCAGUAGAUGUAUUAGGUGCCAGUGUAAGGAGGGAAAGGCAACAUGUAAACUAAGGAAGUGUCCAAAAACCGACUGUGAGAAUGAAAUGUACAUAGAUGGGGAAUGCUGCCCGAUAUGUCUUGACGGUGUGGGGAAAACUGACAGUUAGAACAAGCCAACCACGUGAUUUCGACAGUAGACCAUGUGAUUGGUAAAGCGAAACCGCGCGCGUUAACACCAGAGUCGGGGGCGCCAACUUGCAAAUCAUGACAGAGUAUAGUAUACUCCUGAAAAGCACGUGUAUAGCUUUGUGGUUCAACGGGACAGAAAACAUCAACGAUUCCCACGUUUAUCUCUAGCUGUGUUUUGAUAAUUGUGAAUGUGAAUAUUUAAUAACCGGCGUGAACUGUUAAUAUCUGACACUGUAAAAUAUGUAAAUGUAACACCUAAAUAUGUUAUUUAACUAUUACGCUGCGUGUACCAGCAAUAAUCGUGCAAUCAUCAUCUUGUAAACAAACAUUGUACAUUCUUUGAGUGGUAUGUUCAGACAAAUGGCGUGUGUAUAUCCAGAAUAUUAUAAUAGUGUAGAUAACGUCAUAACGUGUGAUGGCGAAUGUGUAUAGUGUAGAGUAUGUAUUAUUGCUGUAGAAUAUGUAAUUAGUAUUGGAUAGCUUAAUUGUCAUUAAUAUGGUUGUUUAACUUGGGUUCAUGAAAGAAACUGCAUUGUACAGGAUAUCCAAAAAAAGACCACUGCAAAUAGCCAUCACGAUUUCAUUGAGAGCGAGUUUACCACGAGAUUUCGCCAUUGCAUCCUCUGUUCUCUUGCCAUAUGUAACAAUGGAAUUUGGAACAGCAGAAAAUUAUUUGAACAUUAUUUUGAAGAACAAAUACAAGUCUCGAGUCUCUCGUUCUCAACGAGAUCUCUGCAGCCACCUACUGUAAAAUAUUUGUAUGGCAUUCACGACGAGUUAAAAAUGGGUCUUUGUAAUUUAAAAACAGACCAUAUUGUUAAAACAAUCAUUUUACUAACUUGUAGAUAAUUACCAUAUAUGACGAGUGAGUAUAAAUUAGUAUUGUCGAUGUAGAAUAUGUAAUUAGUAUGAUGUCACCACAUUGUCAUAAUGACCAUCAAUAUACACAAAUGUACCUGCCAAAAUAAUUGCUGGUUUAUCAGACUAUAGUGUGAAAUAGUCUUGCUGUAUAUUUGCACCAACGGGGACCAUUGCGAUAUAUGAGCAAAUGGCGUACACGAAUACUUCAUUGUUAUUCCAAUUAUUCCUGCGUAAUGUACACGUCACGAUUACGGUGUGUGAUCAUAUGUAGUAUAUGCGUACACGUCACUUUUAUUACGAGUGUUUAUAUGUAGUAUAUGUAAAAUGAGAAAUAGACACGCAUAGUGUGUUGUAGAUUAUGUAGAUUGUACAUCCAUUCGCAUAUGGGAGCGGUUUUUAUAGAAAUUUGUAUCCAUAAUUUCUUUCUUUCAGAUCUUUCCAUAUGCAUUGUAGUAAUAUGUAAAUCUGUCCAUAUGUAGAUUAAUUAGCAUAGCUUUAAUGAGUAAAAAUUGCCUUCCUAUUUUUUUGUAUUUAUUAUGCAGAUUUUUAUAACAGAACAAUUUCAAAUUGUUCUACAUUCAGUUUUGUUUUGAUAGGCUAAUAUUUUAAUUGUUCAAUAAGGGUUAAUCCAUCACCAUUCAUUUUACUCAAUGUAUAAAUUGCGUGUAUCACUGACAGUCGAAUGUUGUAGUAGCAGAAUCUAUGCAUCAUCACCAGCUGUAAAACAAUUUUUAGAUUUAAAGAAAAAUGUUUAUAUUUAAAUAAGUUUUUCAGGGACUUGUAUUUUCCUAGGAUUAUUUUUCCCGAGAUAAAAUUAUUUUCACUUAUUGCGUAAAACAAUUGACAAUUCUCUUUUAGAUGCGCUGCUCAGUUCAGAAAUAUUAUUUGAUGCGUACUUCACUUGUAUAUUUAUGAUUUUUUUUAAGACUUGUUUUAUUGAACUGAGUUAGUGGUAUUUAUUGACGGUAAGCUGGACGAUGCUUGAGAAAUAUUCUGAGUUGUCACUGUGAUCUUUGACACGCUUUGAGAUGUAAAAGUACGUGUAUAUAAUAUAUUUUAGUUGUACAAACGCCCACGCAUAUUUUGCGUUUUUCGAGGCGUCAUGUACACGGCUGUUCUCUGUACUCGAAAGUUUACACUAAGUGUGUAUGCUAACAGUUAUGGAGCACAAAUGAAUUAAUAAAGCGUAUGCUGAAUGGUUCAAAUUA